UUAAUGUUUGCUGCUGACAAUUUAAAUUGAUAUAAGCAGAAUUUUUUUUUAUAAUACAGUUUCAAAUCAUUUGAUAAAAAGAUUCUAUUUAUAUUCGAUUGGGUCGUAGGAUGUGUUCAUUUUGAAAGGAGGUAGGGACUGAUCCAGCUAUCGAGUUUUACGGAUGUAUUUUACUUCCCCCACCCUAUCUUUAACUAGGUGGGAAUGGUUCGUAUUCUCCUAUUCCUUAAAUGAGAUUGUUUUCCUGUCAAAUUGCAUAUCUUUUUAAGGUGACAGUCUCCAUAUUUUUAUGAAUAAAAUUUUAAAAAUUUCAUUAAUACAUUUUUAAAAUUCAGAUUAACGCACAGCCGAUAAAUGUAUCGACCAACCUACGUGUACACUGGCAGAUAAAGUAAGUAAACAGAUGUGGAUGGCGAGUAGCCAUUUAAAAUCGAGUUGUUACUGUGUAUGCCACUUGUUAAACAGCAAAACACAUGGGCUCAAGCUGCUGGAAAAGGUUUAAAUAGUAUUGAUAAUGGGCCUUCAACUUCCACUAAUUCUGAAAUGGGAAAUGAUCAAGAUAAUUCAGGAAAUUUGUCUACGAAAGUAAAUAAAAUGGAAGAGAAUGUCACAGAAACUACUCUUGCAGCUGCAUAUAGUGAGGGCUGGGGACAACGGGGAGUCAAUCAAGACACAGCCUGGGAUGUGCCUUCAUCUCCUCAUCUAAGUCCUAAAGAAGGGAGCACUUGGACAAAUUCCACAAGCUCUGGUACUGAAAUUUGGGAAAAUAAUGUACGCCAUCAUGUUAAAAGUGGUAAUACUAAACCACCUAAUCAAGUACGUGAGCCAUGGGGCCACACGCCUACCACCCACAUUGGUGGCACUUGGGGAGAAGAGGAAGAUACCACUAACUUGUGGACUGGUGUUCCACAAGCCAGUGGUGCCACCUGGGGUAAUGAGAGUAGCACUUCCGUAUGGGGUGCUAACCCAGCUGUGGAAAAUAAAAACUGGGGCAGUCAAAAUAAUCUCAUCAAUCCAAAUAUGGCUCCUAAUUGGAACAAUGAGCCUCCAGCCUUGCAGAUUGGUUUGCCUCACAUGCCAUUGACUAAUGACACCAAAAAUAUAGUUGAAGACAACAGUCCUGACAAUGCUCCACCUUGGGCAGAUCCUUCACAUAAAGCUUCUAGAGGGUUUUGUAACUGGUCACCUAGUGCUGGUGGUAAAAAGUUAACAACUGGUUGGGAAGACACAGUUCCUCCUCCUAAUGCUGGCCAGUCUGGAGGUAACUAUGAUGAUGGCACUGCUGUAUGGGGCAAUCCUGUACAUCAAGGCAAAGUUUCUCAUUGGAAAGAAAUGCCACCCAAUAAACAAAUGCCAAACUGUGUAAUGCCACCAAAUAAUAUGUGUCAAGGUAAUAAUCCUUGUGCUCCUCAUACAGGUCCUGGCAUGAUUCGUUUACCUCAGGCAGGAUCAAAUAUAAAUAACACUGACAAAUCUUGGAUGAAAAAUCCGAUUUUGAAUCGAAAUAUGAGCUGGAAUGAAAUGCCUUCUCACAGAGACCCGAUAACAGGACGUCGCAUUUUUGAUAUCAGUGAGAAUCAACUUCCUGACAAAAGUGUUCCGGGAACUCCUAAUACACCAAAUAGUGCCUUUGGAAACUGGGGAGAGCCUACUCAUCCCAUGGGACCAUAUUGGAGUGCUAAGUCCAAAAACUCAGGUUGUAACUGGGCAGAUGGACAAGUUGAUACUAGUUCUUGGGGUGGACCAUUAAAGCAGAGUGGAAAGCCAUUAACUAAGGACUUAAUUUGGGCUAGCAAACAAUUUCGUAUUCUCAUGGAAAUGAAUUUCAAGAAGGACGAUGUUGAAAAUGCUUUAAGGCGGAGUAACAUGAAUCUGGAAGAUGCACUGAUGGAGCUUCACGCUUUGAAUAAUAAAGAUGUACAGGAUAUUGAUAUAUCUCUAUCUUCCCUUAAUCUUAAUCAACCUAGAGUUCACCUUGGUAACAUUUCAGAUGACAUGAGCUUUACAGACCACACUCUGGAUAAUUCACUACCCCCCAAUAAUGUAUAUGGUAAUAAUUUCCCAGGAAUGAAUAUGUUUUCUACUGGUUUUAAUUCUGCUCAAACUUGUAAAACUCAGAAUUCUGUUGGUAACAAUAUCACUCCAAUUCUGGGAAAUGCUGGAUCAAAUAAUCAAGUGCCGAAUUUAAAUUUAAACAAUGGUAUUAAUAAUUUAAGUCCAGCUAUGAUGCGCAAACUAUUGGAGCAAACUCAAACUUUCAAUCCUGCCUGCAUGCCCCAAAAUACAGGACGUAUGAAUCAACAAAAUUUUUCCUCUUCUGCUCAAUUACGUCUUUUGGCACAGCAGAUUCAGGUGGCAGUUCAAGCUGGUCAUUUAAAUCCUACAAUUUUAAAUCAGCCUUUAUCUCCUCAAACUCUGUGUUUCUUGUUUCAACUUUUGCAACAAAUCAAGGUCUUACAUCAGCUCCAACAACAGCAAAUGUAUUUUUCUCAGCAUGGAAGCAAACCUGGUAGUCCUCCCUUGCAGCUCAGUGUACAGAUUACUCAAACAAAACAGCAUAUUAUGAAUUUGCAAAACCAAAUUGCUGCUCAGCAAGCUAUAUUCCUGAAGCAGCAAGUUCAAUUGCCUGUGCAGCAUCCAUCCCUCCAAAAUCCUCAGCCGUCCUCGUUUGAUGUUGUAAAAUCUAAUCUCGAGUCUAUAAAUGGCUUGCAUUCUGAAUUCAGGGACUUAUCAAUGAAAGAACCACCCUCUCAAAGCCAUUCAAGACUUAAUCAGUGGAAGCUGCCUCCAUUUGAUAAGGAAGAUAAUCCUACUUCCAGUGAAAAUAAUAGAGACAAUAGUGUUAGUGGUAGUGAAUUCAGCCGUGCUCCUGGUUCAAUCACAAAGUCAUCGUCAUCGAACAGUCUUUCUUCUGGAAAUGCUAGCCACUCUUCAUCCAACUUGCAACCCUUGAGCGAAAAUGUUUGGAACGAAAUGACCCGGUCACAAAAUGAUACUUGGUCAGAUCCUAAUGAUUCCAACACUGUGCCAGGAAGCAGUGACAGCAUCGGUAACUGUGAGACUAUCUCAGACGGGAGUGGCAGUAACAAACACAACAGUGCCUCAGACAACAAAGAUUCUCCUGCCACUUCCACAAAUCCCUCCACUUCUAGCUCUUCCCAGUCCUACAAUUUAAAUGACCUUGUGCCUGAAUUUGAACCAGGAAAGCCUUGGAAAGGUACCUCUCGCAUCAAAAAUUUUGAAGAUGACCCCCAUGUGACACCUGGAAGCAUUGCCAAAUCUCCAUUAUCUCUGAACAGUAUUAAGGACUCUGAACUUUUUACCUGGAACAGCAAGCAAAAUAUACCCAAUCUUUCUAGUUCAUCCCUCACAUCAAGUACUUGGACAUUCUCACCACCACCAACUCAAAAUAGUGGUAAUUCUGCUUUAAAAACUGGCAAUUCUAGAUCAUGGGGAAAUCAGCCAUCAGAUCAAGAUAGAGGGACAUGGAAAGGUUCAACUCAAAUGCCAAAAACUUCUCGUCCUCCUCCAGGGUUGAAUGGUCAAAAGCAGUUUUCCUCGAAUUGGAGAAAUAAUGAUAGUCUCCCUCAAGGUUGGUCUUCAAGUUCUGCUUGGGAGAAGCAAGGUGGCUCAAAUUUUCUGGUUUUGAAAAAUCUUACACCUCAGAUUGAUGGAUCCACUUUAAAAACCUUGUGUUUGCAACAUGGCCCAUUACAGUUAUUCCAUUUGCUUCUUAAUCAUGGUAUUGCUCUUGUUCGUUACUCAACUAGGGAAGAGACUGAGAAAGCUCGCUCUGCUUUGAACAAUUGUGUUCUUAGCAAUACCACCAUUCUUGUUGACAUUCCUACCGAAAUGGAAGUCAAGCAAUACCUUCAGCUUGCCAGUGGUCAAGUGUCCUCAAACGUAUCAUGGCCAUCUGGAAGUGGGAAUUCUGAAUCGAGCUUUACUUCAGGAACCAGUUAUCCCACUAACUCUAGCUCUGCUGCGAGCAGUAGUGUUGCGUCAGGUAAAGCUUCUUCCAACAACUGGAAUAGCACAAGUCUCAAUUUACAAAGUUCUAAUUUAUGGUCAUUUUCUGGGUCUGGCAAUAGCUUGUGGGCCAUGCAAUCGUCAGCUACUGAACACGAUCAGUGUAUUCCAUCAUCAUUAAAUUCUUUCCUACCCGGUGACCUCCUCGGAGGUAGCGAAACAAUCUGAUACUCAUGAUCUGUCCAUCGAAUUUUGUGAUUUUUAUGGGGCUAAUAUGAAAGUAGUUUUGAGAAAUUAUAGCCUAUGCCCCCAUCAUGGAGAGACUAAACUAUAUUUAAUUUCCAAAAUAGUUUUAUCUUAUAUAUAGGAAAAAUGUGUGUUCUUUUGCAGUAUUUUUCCGACCAUUGCCGAAAAUUGAGAUUUUUCAAUGCAACUGUGUCCACUGAACAUUUUUGUAGUGGAAAUGAAGGAGGAAAAAAAAAAAUUGUGUGAUAUUGAAUAUUUACUGUUUUAAAAACACUCUACUUAUAAAAACUGAGAAACUGUAGUCCGUUCAUGAACGCAAAGUUUUUGAUUAUGUGAUAAAUUCAUGAAAAAAAUUUUUUACUUUUAAAUUUGUUCUGCCUUCCCCAAUAAUAUAUUUAACGCUCCUGAAAAUGCUCAGUUAAUAUUCUCACUUGUAGAUGAAUAUUGGUGUAAUGUGUGUGUUGUGAAUACAUUUUGUCUAGUAUUUUUGGUGCCAGGAAAAUCUGUUUGUGUAUAAAAUAGAAAUAUAUAUAUAUGAAUAAUUAUAUAAAAAAAAAUUUAGAACAUGUAAAUAUAAUUUCAUAGAUACUUUUACAAAUGCCAAAUAUGAGAGAAAACCUCAUUGUGCACAGUCAAUGUUUAAUUUGCUUAUAUCUUGUAGAUCGCAUUUAAACUAGAUUCAUUUAAUUAUACUCGUUAUUGUUCGACUAUGUUUUGUUACAUUGCAAGAUUGAUGCAUUAAGAAACUUUAGGUUAUUUAAAACUCUCAGUAAUAAUUAUUUUAUUGGUGAUAUUGACUUGUUAUUCCUUUUUGAUGUGCAAGGAGAGUACAUUGUUUGUUUGUUUUUUUCCAGUUGUUUUUGUUGUUGAAUUUGAGCUAAAAUAUUGCCUGAGUAGUAUUAUGUUUAACUGUGACCUUUUAGCUUUAGUUGUGUUUAAACUUUUGUCAAAAUUGAUUUAUGAGUUUGUUAUAUUUGUAAAUAUAUGCUUGUAAUGCUUUGUGAUCAAAAUGAGUGCGAUUAAAAACAAAUUUCAAUAGUUA